AUGCCAAGCAUCGAGGAGCUCAAGAAGUUGAUCAAAAACCAUGAGGUGAAGAUUGAUGAUGCCGAGCAAGAGGUCGCAAACGAACCAAACAAGAAGAAAAAGAAGGACUUGGAAAACGCCUUGAAGAAACUUCAAAACGAUGAGAAGUACCUCAAGGCUAAGGAAGAGGUCAAAGCUGCCGAAGCGCAGGCUCAAAAGGAAGCAGAACGUGCUGCAUUGAACGGGAAGGCAGCAGACAAGAAGGCCGAUGCCAAGGGCAAGAAGAAGGAGGAGACCAAGGCCGCUCCGAAAGUGGAUGCCAAGGUGGAUGAGGCUACCUUCAAAGAGAUCGACGAGGCAUUUGCUGCGAGUGGAAAGGAUGCUGCUGAGAAGAAGGCCACGGCCAUUAGCACCCUGGAGAUGCUGGCAGCAGCCACUCCCUUCGUGCUGCCCAGGCUACCGCAGCUCAUCCCUCUCUUCGACAACAGCAAGUUGGCUGCGCCUGCACUCAAGGCAGCCACUGCUAUUGUGGAGCAGAUCGCCCCCCAGGGGCAUUCGGUCGCGGACCGCGUGAUGCCGCCGCUGCUGGCGGGAAUCGAGGACAAGAAAUGGAAGGUGAAAGCGGGAUGCAUCCAGGUCCUGUUGCCGGCUCUGAAGCAGAUGGAGGGAACCACCACACUGCAGUUGGCCAAUUGCCUUCCUGCCAUUGUCUCCAAAUUAGCCGAGGCUGCUCUGGAAGUGCGAGCUGAGAUCCGAACGGCUACAGGUGCAGUGCUCAAAGAGAUUGGUGCUUUCGUUGGAAGUCCAGAGAUCAAGGCCUUGUCCCCAGACUUGGUCCAAGCCUUGGCAGAGCCCACCAACCAGAAGCACACCCAGGCCGUCUUGGCAAAGAUGGGCAAUGCCACCUUCAAGUCCAUGAUCGAUGAGGCAUCCCUAGCCCUGCUGUUGCCCAUUGUGAUGCGAGGAUUGAAGGACCGCGAGGCGAUGAGCAAGAAGUGGUCGGCCCAGAUCUUUGGAUCUGCGGCCCUCUUGGUCAGGGAUGUUGACUUCCUGAAGCCAUACCUCAAGACUGCGCUGCCCCUUCUCCAGGCGGCCCUCAACGACUCAGUGCCAGAGGUGCGACGCGAGGCUGCCAAGGCCUACGGAAUCUUGGAGCAAGUGAUGCCUGAGUAUUCCAGGAGCCACUGCCAGCCCUUCCUCUUCGGCAAGCUGCGCGCCGGUGACGCCUCCGAACAGAUCGGCGCUGCGCUGGGUCUGGCGGAGGUCUUCGUGAGGAUGGACAAGGCCAAGUUGUCCCAGUUCAUCCCGGAAGUGCAGAAGGGAUCCGUUGAGGAGAACCUCACGGUGCGUCGAGGUUUCCUGGAGUUGAUGGAUACCAUGCCGCAGGCCAUGAAGAUGGACUUUGUGCCAUACAUCGAACGCCUCUUCCCUGCCAUGCUGAUGGGCAUCAACGGUGAGAAGGAUCUGAGCGAUGACCCUGCCAUGAAGGCUGCGCAGGCCCUGGUGGGGCGCUUCGGAGAUCUGUGCCCCGACCUCCUGAUGGCUGCCUUUGAGGGUAGCUACGCCAAAGCCCUGGGGUCGACCAAGGACUGGAAGAAGAUGCAGGUGGUCCGCGAGAAGUCCAUGCAGCUGCUGUUGAAAACCGCCGAGAAGAUCUUGGAGCACAAGAAGUUCGGCCAGGAUCUUCUGACUUGCGACGAAUGCUCCAACAAGGCCACGCGUUUGCGUGUGCUGAUCUUGGCCUUCGUGGCACGCAAUGACCCGGACGCCGCCGUGAAGCGUGUGGCCAGCAACGUCUGGAAGACGUCCGGCGGAUCUCCGAAGAUGCAGAAGACCAUCGCGCAGGAGCUCUCUCAGAGCAUCAUGAAGUGGCGUGCAGGUUCCAUGGGUGCUGGUUUGCAGAAGGUGGCCAAGGAUGCUCUCUCCGAGCUGGUCAAGGCCGGCGACGUGGAAGACCCUUCAGAGGAUGUAGAGGCUGUUAGCAGCGAGUUCUGCUUCGACACUGCCAAGUCCUUGAACGAAGAAGCGGCCAAGAUCGCUGCAGGUGAAUUCUCGGUGAGCCAAGCGGAUGAGGCUGACACCAAGGAGGAUUGCCAGAUGGUAAAGAAGGUCGAGACCUUCUGGGGCAAACAUGCAAGCUUUGGCACCCUGGUGGGUGAGCUGAAGAGUCACUUCCUGUCCGUCUCCGAGAGCGUCAUCCGUGAGGGUCACAAGAAGAAGCUGCCAGGGCCAAGGGUUGUGGAGGAACUCCAGUCGGCCAUACAACAGAUCUGCCGGUGCUGCAAGGACCAGGUGGAAGACUUCCUGAAAGCUGUGCCAGAGAAUGUGGAGGCGCGACAUGUUCCUGGAACAAUGCUGGGACAGUUGGAAGAGAGAAUUCGAGGCAUUGCAAUUGCAACAGAUUCCAAAUCUUCGAGUGCCCUUGAAGUCUUCGCGCACGGGCCGCACCGGGGCAUGAUGAAGUUGGAUUAUUCCUUCUAUUCCGUGACCCUGGUGGGCUUCUUUGCUGGGAUCAGUUCGGGGCUCUUUGUGAAGCUUUACAAGACUGUGCUGGAGAUAGUUCUGGAACUCAUUUGGACACGGCUUCCGGCUGCCCUUUAUGCUGCGGGUUGGAGCGAUGAGGCUCCUUUCAGCCUCGUUAACCUUACCUGGAUUUUGGGCGCCUUCUUUGGCGCUAUUGUAGGCUUGGGCCGGGCUUAUCUGCCAGAAGAGGCAGUGACCAACAUGAACGUUUGGGUUCGGGAGGUGCAUGGCCCCAACGGCAGUGCCCCGUGUGGGCCCUGGGUCUUGGGCUUGGUCCUGCUUUCGUUGCUGACGGCCUUCGGCGGCGCCUCGGUUGGGCCAGAACCGGUGGUGAUCAUCAUGCCAUCGGUGCUCUACGUCGGGAUGGUGAAGAAAUUACUGAACCCCUCAGUGCAAGUGUUGAGAGUGGCAGCACUGGCUGGGGGAGCGGGAGGUUUAGCCGCAUUUUUUGGCCUGCCAUUGGCCAGUGCCUUUUUUGCAUUGGAAAUUCCACACAUGGAUGGAGCUGAAUUUGCCUUGGAGGCGUAUUCUGCCUGUGUGGUGGCUGGAGUAGUUGGGACCAUUGUGGGGCAUUGCAUCUGGGAGCCCUCCCAGCUCCUGGGCAACAGUCGCUUUUGGUUCCCUGGGGGCGAUUCUCCUGAUCAACCUCAGAUCACGACCUCAGAGUUUGGCCUGGGUGCCGUGGCUAUGGGGAUUCUGGCCGGCAUCAUAGGUGGACUCACCUCCUAUUUACUGGUGACUUUGAUGAGGGGAUGGCACCCCCUCUUUGAACACAUCAAACACAUCAAGCACCAGCACAGAUGGAAGGCACUCCGCUACAGUGCCCUGCUGGCAGUGGUGGGCGCCGCAAAUGCUGCUAUGUCCUUCCUGUAUCCCAGUGCUCUCUGGUGGGGUGAAGAUCAGUUGCAGGUGGUCCUGACGCGGGGCUGUUCCUUCGGUGCCAAGAUCUUUCCAGAUUGCCAGCCUGUCAAGCUGAAGUAUCUUUAUGAAAAGCUCAUCUACAAAGAUGCCAUUGUGGCCCACCCUGGAAUCUCCAUGUCAGGCUGGGAGAUGUUCGGCCUGGGUUUGGUGAAGCUGGUCAUGAUCAGCAUGUGCGAAGGCGCGGGCUUUGUGGGGGGCCCCAUCUAUCCCAUCAUCUUCGCCACGGGCGCCAUGGGCUCUGCCCUGGGCGCCACGGAUUGGGUAUCGAUGCUGGGAGGGCAGUACGUCUACAUCUGCACCGCUGCUGCCAUGAGCACCGGCCUGGCUGCCUUGCUCCAUACGCAGGUCUUUGGGAUUCUGAUCGUCAUGGAGUUGCAAGCGAAUAUCCCCCACGGAAGCGUGAGUUCCCAAACCAUUGCGUUGAUGACGGCGGUGUAUUCUUUCUACCUGCUCACGCGAAACUAUGUGGCACCUUACUUCCAGUUGGUCUCGCAACAGAAGCCGCGGGAGGAUCUGCAAUACCUGACUCCCGAGCCCGAAACUCAAUCAGACACAGAGGAUGACUCCGACACCGAUCUGGAGAUGGAGCGAGUGCGAACCGAGACAGAGGUAGUGGGCACGCUUUCCGAAACCACUGGCAGUGAUGGUGAUGAAGUGGAGCCAAAGUCAAGCAAAAGCUCCAGGUUUGGGAAGUAUUUUAAGGCCUUGUGCCGCGACGUCUUGGGCGAUGACUUCGAUGGGCAGCACCAGGAGGGCUACGACAAAGAUACCUUGCUGCGGGUGGAGAAUAUGCUGCUGAUGUAUGGUGCGGGCAAGCUGUUGUUGAAGGACACGGUGUUGGAGAUGAAAGCCAACCGUCGCUAUGGCGUGGUGGGCCACAACGGUGCUGGCAAGACUACCCUGAUGAAGGAGAUUGUGGCGGGUCGCAUCGUGGGAAUGCCCACGCACCUCCGAUGUGUGCACGUGGAUGACUCGAAGCUAGGAGAGAUGAGCAAGAGCAGCUUGAACGCCUUGGAAUAUGUCCAAAUGAAAGCCCUGGAGCAGGGUGUGACGGAUGCCUCUGCGGAGAACCUGCGAAAGGUGGGCUUUCCUGAGAAGAUGUUCGAGGUGCCAGUGGCCGAGUUGUCCACCGGUUGGCGCAUGCGUUUGACCCUGGCAGUGUCCAUGUUGAAGCACGCCGACAUCGUCCUGCUGGAUGAGCCCACGAAUCACUUGGACCAGGAGUCUGUGGAUUGGCUGGGCGACUACCUGUUGCAGCUGACCAAAUCCUCUGUGAUGGUCAUCUCCCACGAACCGAAGUUCCUGAAUAAGAUCUGCACAGACAUCAUCUCCUACAAAGACAAAGCGCUGGUGUACACCGAAGGAAACUUUGACGCCUUCGUCAUGGCCAAGGGCAUCAAGGCAGAUGACAUUGAGGCCCUGUUGAGUGGAAACCUGAAGUUGGAUGAGGAGGAAGAGGGCGAAGAGGGUGCGGAGGAGAAGAAGGUGGCCGUUCAAGCGCCCAUCGCCGGUCCUCCCAAGAUCAGCUUCCCCAUUCCCGGCUCCGUGGAGGGUGUGAAGUCCAGCUCUAAGGCUGUGAUCGAGUUCAAGAACCUCUCCUUCCGCUAUGGCAAGGACAAGGACUACCUCAUUUCAGAUGUUGCCGGCAAGCUGUCGCUGGGAUCUCGAGUUGCGAUCUGUGGCCGCAACGGUUGCGGCAAGUCGACCCUGAUGACGUUGAUCUGUAGCGAGAUGAACCCCACUGAGAACAAGGAUGGCAAGCUGGGAGAGAUUACCAGGCACUGCAAUCUGCGUGUGGCCUACAUGAAGCAGGACCACUUGAAGACCCUAGGGCCAUACUUCGACACUUCCCCUCUGAAUUACAUCACCCAGCGCUUCAAGAACGGCUACGAUGAGGAGCUCCAGAAGCGUUUGAUCGAGCCCGAGGACGACGAGGAGGCCGCGCGCCGGGCCACCCUGGCCAAGCAGUACGGCAAGUACGGAAAUCCCGUGGGAGAACUGUUGACUCGCUCCAAGCAGGGCAGUCAGCUGUACUACGAGGUGCGAUGGGAAGGCUUGGACGAUCCCAAGCAGAACACCAUGGUGUCCCUCAAGACUCUCAGGGAUAUGGGCCUGGACAAGGUGGUCAUCGCCUGCGACGAGCGCAUCGCCGCGAAGGCCGCGGGCCUGGACCAGCGCCCACUGACGCGACGAGAGAUCGUGAAGCAUUGCGAGGCCUUUGGUAUUGAUGAGGAGAUGUGCUGCAACCAGCAAAUCCGCGGCUUCUCUGCCGGACAGAAGGUGAGAUUGUCUUUGGCCGCCAUGUUCUGGACCAAGCCUCAUUUCAUCGCAGUGGACGAACCCACCAACUACUUGGAUGUGGAGACGGUUGAGGCUCUGUCCAAGGCGCUGAACAACUUCCGGGGUGGCAUCCUGAUGAUCGAGCCCAAGAUGGAUUUCGUGGAGAAGGUCUGCAAUGAAACCUGGACCUUGGAAGAUGGCAAGAUCACCGUGCAGAAACUGGAUAACGGCCUGAAACGCGUGGCCUAG